AUGAGUGGGAGUAAUCGAGUGAUGAUAUUUCUGCAAGUGACGUUUAUUUUAUACGACUUAGUGGCUAAUGUAGCUAUCGACUCCUUGGCGCGCACAGGCUACGUCCAACUCGUGGUUUUGGUCUUUCAGCUGAUUCUCCUAGCCCUCUCCCUCCUGAUUUUCUUCCUCUCCGUGUUUUACACAUAUCCAGUUCAGACGGGGCAACUUUGGCGUCUGUGUCGCAAGUUCCGCUCUUAUUUCAUAAGUCUCUCCAUUUACGCCGCCAUCUCUGUCGUCGUCAUCAUCAUUUCUGUCAACGUUCGGCUAGAUUUAACCGCUGAAGAUGUCGCCGACUGGAUCAGUAUUUGGGGCAAAAAUGGCUUCAUGGUGUUUUUCGUUCUCCAGCGCUGGUUCGCUCCUUUUUACUACUACUCGCUGCUGCGGGCAUCGCUAAGAAUCCGCGACCCAGUGUUCUACUCCGAGAGGCUCUGGAACCUCACGCUAGCGCAAUGA